AUAUGGACCAUUGUUCUCCUCCUACUCCUCGCCUUCAAUCUCAAGAACAUCCCGCUCGUCUGGCACUUUCGAAUCGUCAAUGCCUUGUCCAGCGUCCUGCCCAGCCAGCGCGCCUACACCCCACAAGAUGCGCCUACAAUCUUCGACGCCGUGGUCACCGAGUCCCACAGCCCGGUGAUGGAGAUCGAUUUCAAUCUGCACAAGUCCAACUCGACUUACUUCUCCGACCUCGACAUUGCUCGCGCUCAUCUUACCUGCACGCUGUUCAGCCGAGGCAUUGAAGCCGCCCGAUUCGCGGCCUACGAUCAUGUUAUUGGAGGUGGCAAUAAGCCUUUUGGGGCCCUGCUUGGAGGUGCUUCUUGCGCUUUCAAGCAUGAGAUCAAGCCCUAUCAGCGGUAUCUGAUGUGGUCGCGGGUCUUAUGCUGGAACGGAAAAUGGUUCUGGAUCGUGACGUGGUUCGUCGAGGCGAAUGGAAAGGACAGCCCGGAUCAAGAGAAGAAGGUGUUCGCCACCGGACUCAGCAAAUGCGUCUUCAAAAAGGGUCGCAAAACCGUCAAGCCGGAGACUAUCAUGAAGCUGUCAGGCCUGCUGCCG